CAGAGUCAACCCAGCCUUGUCCCAGGAGAGUAGGAACCUCAGGGAGCGAAGCGAGAGAGACAGACACUGAGAAAGGGAGAAAAGAAAAGAGAGGGACACAGAGAGAGAGAAAGAGAGUGAGGCAGGCCUAUCGGACCACCUGCUUGGGAUUCGCUGUCGUGAGACAGCGCCAUUCCGGCUAGAUGGAUUAGCCAAGAGAGCCGGCUCCCACCAGCUUUCUCUCCCCCCCCCUCCACCCGUGCCCGUCCGCCCGCCCGGCGGCUCCUUCGUCUGUGGAGGCCCCCACCUGUGGUCUGCCUGCCGCAACACACCGCCCACGCUAGCGCUAGCGCUCUCUCCUUUCUCACCCCACCACCCAGCCUGGGGAAGGCUAGCACUGCGCUUUGUACCUAAGGAGCAGGACUUGGCUUUUUCUAUGGUGCAUAUGUUUUGAGGAUAACAUCAGGCUGCCAAUCACAUAAUUACAGGCUGUGAAAGAGGGACGCUGUUUCCCCCCCUCUUUUGGUUGGGAUUUCAGUUGGAUUUGGAUUACUGAUUUUGGUAUGGGUAUCACCCUAUGAUUGCGUGAGCUCACAGGCAUCGAGCAGGAGCUUUGGGAUCCACAGAGCGAGUGCCAACCACACACCAUGGUUCCGCGCCACAGACAGCCUGCUCCCCUGGCCAGGAGGCCCACCUUGCUGCUCCCGCUGCUGCUGCUGCUGUUGCUCGGUUGGGCGACGGGACCUGCCCACGCAGACAGCAUGCCCAACUUCGUAAAGUCCCCUGAUGACCAGAUAGGUAUAUCUGGCGGAGUGGCGUCGUUCGUGUGCCAGGCGGUGGGCGAGCCCAAGCCCCGCAUCACAUGGAUGAAGAAGGGGAAGAAAGUCAGCUCUCAGCGCUUUGAGGUGAUUGAGUUUGACGACGGCUCAGGGUCAGUGUUGCGCAUCCAGCCCCUGCGCACGCACCGAGACGAGGCCAUCUACGAGUGCACGGCCACCAACAGCGUGGGUGAGAUCAACACCAGCGCCAAGCUCACCGUCUUAGAAGAGGACCAGAUUCCACAUGGCUUCCCCACCAUUGACAUGGGCCCCCAGCUGAAGGUGGUGGAGAGAACGCGCACGGCCACCAUGCUGUGCGCCGCCAGCGGAAACCCAGACCCGGAGAUCUCCUGGUUCAAAGACUUCCUGCCCGUCGACAUCACCGGCAGCAAUGGACGUAUCAAGCAGCUCCGCUCAGGUGGUACGCCAAUCAGAGGAGCGUUGCAGAUCGAGAACAGUGAGGAGUCGGAUCAGGGCAAGUACGAGUGUGUGGCCAUGAACAGCGCAGGGACGCGCUACUCCGCCCCCGCCAACCUCUACGUGCGAGAUCAGCGGGAAGUGCGACGCGUUCCGCCUCGCUUCUCCAUUCCCCCCAACAACCACGAGGUGAUGCCCGGCGGCAGCGUCAACCUCACCUGUGUGGCGGUGGGCGCCCCGAUGCCCUUCGUCAAGUGGGUGACGGACGGGGUGGAGCUGACCAAGGAGGACGACAUGCCCGUCGGGCGCAACGUGCUGGAGCUCACCAACAUCCGCCAGUCAGCCAACUACACCUGCGUCGCCAUGUCCUCACUUGGCAUCAUCGAGACCACCGCACAGAUCACCGUCAAAGCCCUGCCCAAAUCCCCGAUGACGCUGCUCGUUACGGAAACCACCGCCACCAGUGUGACCCUGACGUGGGACUCGGGCAACCCGGAGCCCGUGUCCUACUACGUCAUCCAGUACCGGCCCAAGCAGUCGGAGAACAACUUCCAGGAGGUGGACGGCGUGGCGUCGACGCGCUACAGCAUCGGCGGCCUGAGCCCCUACUCGGAGUACGAGUUCCGCGUGAUGGCGGUGAACAACAUCGGGCGCGGGCCGCCCAGCGGUCCCGUGGACACGCGCACGAGCGAGCAGGCGCCGUCCUCGCCGCCGCUGCACGUGCAGGCGCGCAUGCUCAGCUCCAGCACCAUGCUGGUGCAGUGGAAGCCUCCGGAGGAACCCAACGGCCAGAUCCGCGGCUACCGCGUCUACUACACCGAGGACCUGCAGUCGCCGCUCAGCACCUGGCAGAAGCACAACACCGACUACUCGGAGCUGACCACCAUCUCGGGCCUCACGCCCGACAUCACCUACAGCCUGCGCGUGCUCGGAUUCACGUCCGUCGGAGACGGGCCGCCCUCGGACGUCCUGCAGGUCAAGACCCAGCAAGGAGUGCCAGCCCAGCCUGCAGGCUUCGAGGCGGAGGCAGAGCUGGACACACGCAUCAUGCUCACCUGGCUCUGGCCUGUCCAGGACCAGAUCAUCAAGUACGAGCUCACCUACUGGGAGGCCGACUCAGGAAACAAGCAACAUGUGGUCUUUGACCCUGCUGGUUCGUAUGCAGUGGAGGGCCUGAAGCCAGACACUCUGUACAAGUUCUCCCUGGCUGCCCGCUCCGAGAUGGGCCUGGGUGUCUACACACAGCCCAUAGAGGCUCGCACGGCUCAGUCAACGCCGUCAGCUCCUCCUCAGGAGGUGCACCUGGUCAGCCUCACCUCAACCAGCAUCCAGGUGAGUUGGACGGCGCCGCCGGCCGCCCUGCGCCACGGCAACAUCGUGCGCUACUCGCUGGCCUACCAGGCGACGUCCGGGGAGGACACGCAGCGCCACGAGGUGCCCGACAUUCCCGCCGACGCCUCCAGCCACGUGCUGGACGUCCUGGAGAAGUGGACCGAGUACCAGGUGUGGGUGAGGGCCCACACGGAUGUGGGGCCCGGCCCGGAGAGCCCGGCCGCUCGGAUCAGAACCAAAGAGGACGUGCCAGGCGCUCCUCCCCGGCGGGUGGAGGUGGAGGCGGUGAACUCAACAGCACUGCGGGUGACGUGGAAGCCACCGCUCGCCUCCAAGCAGCACGGCCAGAUCCGCGGCUACCAGGUGGUGUACUCGCGGCUGGAGAACGGAGAGCCGCGCGGCCAGCCCGUCAUCCUGGACGUCGCCCUGCCCGAAGCCCAGUGGGCCGAUGAAGAAUCCACGGAAUAUGAGGCCUUCAUAACGGGGCUGCACGCCGAGACCACCUACUCGGUCACUGUGGCGGCAUACACCACCAAAGGAGAUGGAGCACGGAGCAAAGCCAAAGUGGUCGUAACGCCUGGUGCAGUGCCAGGGAAGCCCACCAUGCUGAUAAGCACCACCAUCGGCAACACGGCCCUGAUCCAGUGGCAGCCUCCUAAGGACAUGGUGGGCGAGCUGAUGGGCUACCGUCUCCAGUACAAGCGCGAGGAGGAGCGCGACUUCACCGUGCGGGACUUCCGUAAGACCGACGACCACUUCACCGUCACCGGGCUGCACAAGGGCGCCACCUACCUGUUCCGGCUGAGCGCCAAGAACCGCGCCGGCCACGGCGAGGAGUACGCCAAGGAGAUCAGCACGCCCGAGGACGUGCCGGGCAGCUACCCGCAGAACCUGAGCGUGGUGGGCCUCACCACGACGACCACCACUCUGGCAUGGGAGCCCCCGGCGCUGGCGGAACGCAACGGGCGCAUCGUGCAGUACGUGGUGGUGUACCGCGACAUCAACAGCCAGCAGAACCGCACCAACAGCACGGCCAACACCACGCUCACCAUCCAGGGCCUGCAGCCGGACACCACCUACGACAUCCGCGUGCGGGCCUUCACCAGCAAGGGAGGAGGACCGCUCAGCCCCAGCAUCCAGAGCAGGACCAUGUCCACCUCCGUGGCAGAGUUUACCAAAAACUUUGGCGUGAAGGCUGUUAUGAAGAGCUCUGUGUUGCUGACAUGGGAAGUCCCGGAAACCUUUAAGUCUCAAGUGCCUUUCAAGAUCCUGUACAACCAGCAGAGCGUGGAGGUGCAGGGCCACCAGCGGAGGAAGCUGAUCACGCGGCUGCAGCCUGACACCGACUACUCGUUCGUGCUAAUGAGCCGGGGCAGCAGUGCUGGUGGGCUACAGCAGCAGGUGUCCAUCCGGACCGCGCCUGACCUGCUCAAGACCAAACCAGCGCGCCACACUGGUGACCAAGACGAGGGCGGCAAGCUCACGGUCACACUGCCUAAAGUCCAGAGCACCACUGUCAAGUGGUACUACAUUGUGGUUGUUCCUGUCACCACCGAUACACAGAGAUGGGAGAAUCCAGACGACAUCGACCUGGAUGAGCUCCUGGGAGCCAGCAGCACAGACAGCAAUGGCGCAUGGAGGAGGCGGCGGCGGAGUACCCAAGAUCUCCUGCGGCCGUACAUCGCAGCCAAGCUGGAGAGCCUCCCCGACACGUUCACUCUAGGGGACGAGAAGAGGUACAACGGCUUCCUCAACAAGCCCCUGCCCGGCGACCAGACGUACCGCUGCUUCGUGCUGGCAGCGCUUGGGGAAAGCGACUCGAAGACGUUUGCGGCGAGCCCGUUCUCUGAGCCGAUGGCGGUGAAGCUACCCAACGGGAUGUCCCGGACCUCGGAGGACCCCGAGAUGCUGUGGGUCAUGGGCCCCGUGCUGGCCGUGGUCCUCAUCAUCAUCAUCGUCAUCGCCAUCCUGCUCUUCAAGAGCAAACAGGAAAGGAAGCGCACGUCUCCCUCAACCAAAGACGAGCACUCUGCUGGGGUGAAAGACUGUCUGCUGGCUCAUUCCUCCGACCCUGUGGAGAUGAGAAGACUCAACUACCAGACACAAGGUUCCAGCGCCCCCAUCUGCCCGAAUACUCCAAGGAUGAGGGAGCACCCGCCCAUCUCCACAUGUGACCUGGCUGACCACAUCGAGAGACUGAAAGCCAACGAUAGCCUGCGCUUCUCCCAGGAGUAUGAGUCCAUUGAUCCUGGCCAGCAAUUCACCUGGGAGCACUCCAACCUGGAAGUCAACAAGCCAAAGAACCGCUAUGCAAAUGUCAUCGCCUACGACCACUCCAGAGUGAUCCUCACACCUGUGGAUGGGGUGCCCGGGAGCGACUACAUCAAUGCCAACUACAUUGACGGCUACCGCAAGCAGAACGCCUACAUCGCCACGCAGGGCCCGCUGCCUGAGACGCUCAGCGACUUCUGGAGGAUGGUGUGGGAGCAGCGCAGCAGCACCAUCGUCAUGAUGACACGCCUCGAGGAGAAGUCACGGGUGAAGUGUGACCAGUACUGGCCCAGCAGAGGGACAGAGACCUACGGCAUGAUCCAGGUCACCAUGUUGGACACCCUGGAACUGGCCACCUACAGCGUGCGCACCUUCGCCUUGUACAAGAAUGGCUCCAGUGAGAAGCGUGAGGUCCGGCAGUUCCAGUUCAUGGCGUGGCCGGACCAUGGCGUGCCCGAGUACCCCACCCCCAUCCUGGCCUUCCUGCGGCGCGUCAAGGCCUGCAACCCCCCAGACGCCGGGUCCAUGGUGGUCCACUGCAGUGCUGGUGUGGGUCGCACGGGCUGCUUCAUCGUGAUCGAGGCCAUGCUGGAGCGCAUGAAGCACGAGAAGUCAGUGGACAUCUACGGGCACGUGACGUGCAUGCGCUCCCAGCGCAACUACAUGGUGCAGACGGAGGACCAGUACAUCUUCAUCCACGAGGCCCUGCUGGAGGCAGCCACCUGCGGGCACACCGAGGUGCCCGCGCGCAACCUCUACGCCCACAUCCAGAAGCUCACGCAGGUGCCGCCUGGCGACACAGUCACCGCCAUGGAGCUGGAGUUCAAGAAGCUGGCCAACUCCAAAGCACAUACCUCAAGAUUCAUCAGUGCCAACCUGCCGUGCAACAAGUUCAAGAACCGGCUGGUCAACAUCAUGCCCUUCGAGUCCACUCGUGUCUGUCUGCAGCCCAUUCGCGGCGUGGAGGGCUCAGACUACAUCAAUGCCAGCUUCAUCGACGGAUACAGGCAGCAGAAGGCCUACAUCGCCACACAGGGCCCCCUUUCCGAGACCACUGAGGACUUCUGGAGAAUGCUGUGGGAGCAUAACUCCACCAUCGUGGUCAUGCUGACCAAACUGAGGGAAAUGGGCCGCGAGAAGUGCCAUCAGUACUGGCCAGCUGAGCGCUCAGCCCGCUACCAGUACUUCGUGGUGGACCCCAUGGCCGAAUACAACAUGCCCCAGUACAUCCUGAGGGAGUUCAAGGUCACAGAUGCCAGGGAUGGCCAGUCCAGGACUAUUCGCCAGUUCCAGUUCACUGAUUGGCCGGAACAGGGCGUGCCAAAAACUGGAGAGGGCUUCAUUGACUUCAUCGGCCAAGUGCACAAAACCAAGGAACAGUUCGGCCAGGACGGACCAAUCACUGUGCACUGCAGUGCGGGUGUUGGGCGGACAGGCGUCUUUAUCACCCUGAGCAUCGUGCUGGAGAGGAUGAGAUACGAGGGCGUGGUGGACCUCUUCCAGACCGUGAAGACACUGCGCACCCAGAGACCAGCCAUGGUGCAGACAGAGGACCAGUAUCAGCUAUGUUACCGGGCAGCUCUGGAGUACCUGGGCAGCUUUGAUCACUAUGCAACGUAACCGCUUCCCCCUUCUACAACAGCGCCGGCUUGCCCCCUCUACCCACAUCCUCCUCCAGCCGGGCUUUGGAUCUUCUGGGCAACACAACACCCACCCACCCAGCCAGUUCUCUUCCGGAAACUUCUUCUUGGGGUGGAGUUGGG